AAUACAUUAUUUUCCAACAUAGAGUACAUAUUGAAAACAAAGUUCGACAGAUAUUGUAAGGGUAAACAAAACCAAGAAAUUCUGAUAGAUCUUUUUGGACAAGGGAUCUUUGCGGUGGACGGAGACAAGUGGCGAAAGCAGCGGAAGCUGGCAAGCUUCGAGUUCUCGACGAGAGUUCUUAAAGAUUUUAGCUGCUCUGUUUUCAGAAGGAACGCUGCCAAGCUGGUUGGAGUUAUUUCGAAGCUGGAAGUGUCGGGUCAAGCUUUUGACAUGCAAAAUCUAUUAAUGACAUGCACUCUAGAUUCCAUAUUCAAAGUUGGGUUUGGCAUAGAUAUAAACUGCAUGGAUGGGUCAAGUAAGGAAGGGACUACUUUUAUGAAGGCUUUUGAUGUUUCAAAUGAGAGGCGCUUUGUUGACCCUUUCUGGAAGCUGAAAAGGUCUCUUAACAUUGGCUCUGAAGCUGCCCUCAGAAAGAAUAUCAAAGUCAUUGAUACUUUUGUUCACGAUGUCAUUAGCUCCAAGAGGAAACUGCUGGGCAUGGAACGAGAUUUGAAUGUGAAAGAAGACAUACUUUCAAGAUUUUUAGUGGAAAGCGAGAAGAAUCCAGACACAAUGAAUGACAAAUAUUUAAGGGAUAUAAUCCUGAACUUCAUACUCGCUGGCAAAGAUUCUUCUGCGAAUACUCUGUCCUGGUUCUUCUACAUGCUCUGCAAGAACCCUUUGAUACAAGAAAAAGUUGCACAAGAAGUGGUGGACGUCACUAGUAGUAAAGGAAAUGGUGCUAAUAAUGUUGAUGAUUUCGUGACAACCAUAACUGAUUCAACCCUAGAGCAAAUGCACUAUCUUCAUGCAGCCAUAACAGAGACCUUAAGGCUGUACCCUGCUGUCGCCAUUGAUGGAAGGAAUGCAGAGCAGGAUGACAUUCUCCCUGAUGGCUACAAACUCAAGAAAGGAGACGGGGUAUAUUACAUGGCCUACGCCAUGGGUAGAAUGCCUGACAUUGGGGGAGAAGAUGCCGACACUUUUCGACCAGAAAGAUGGCUUAACAAUAGAGUUCUCCAGCCCGAAUCCCCUUUCAAAUUCAUAACAUUUCAUGCGGGUCCUCGAACUUGCUUAGGCAAGGAUUUUGCUUACCGGCAGAUGAAGAUAGUCUCAAUUGCCCUUCUUCGCUUCUUCCGCUUUAAAUUAGUUGAUGAUACGAAAAUUGCGACUUACAGGACAAUGUUCACACUUCAUAUGAAGGGGGGCCUCCAUCUUUAUGCUGUUCCAAGGACAAGUUGAUGAAUUUCCAAAUAUCCUCCUGUGCAAAGUCAUCAAUUUGUUCAACUUCAAGUCUUCAACCUUGCUGGUUGUACAUAAGAGCCCCGAUUUGCAUUUUUCUGUAGUGUUGAUUUGCUUUUUUCUGUAAAUGCGUUGAUGAAUGGAAUUUGAGUUAUUUCACCAAAAAAGAAAAAAAUAUAUGUACAA